CACAAGUCUGAAGUGAUUCGCCUACGGCUCGCGAUCAGCUGUUCCUUAAUCCCUGCCUGGCGCUCUCGUAGAUUUUCUAUUUUGCUGCGUUCAUUGCAGUGACAUGCAGGUUCCGAGUGUUUAACUUACAUAUGAAGGUUUAUUUUUAGUCGUUUAAGAAUGCUUUACAGUCAUUUAAAACCGUACCGAAGUAACGUGAUCGUGUGUUGUACCGCGAUUUAACGUCGCUCUAACCCGGAUGUGCGGACAAUAUCGAACCGCCUUACAUCGUAUACAAUAUCGUGUAAAUGUUUUGUGAUAAAAACAAUUUUGUGGCUCUUGUGUUUUGAUUUUUAUCAGUGGGCAAGUUUGCCAUUUACUGUUGAAAUAUGAAGAGAGCUAAACAGAACGUGUUUCGUGACAUCUACAAUCAGCCUUAUGACGAUACUACGAGACUCAAACUUUAUACAAGUAGCAAAGCAAGUCUACAACUCAUGCAGCGAAUGUCGCUAUUGAAGAGAUUGAAGGUCCACAACGGUUGUGUCAAUUCAAUUUGCUGGAAUAAUAGUGGAGAGUUGUUAUUAUCCGGUAGCGACGAUCAACAUUUGGUUUUAACCAAUGCGUACAAUUAUCAGGUGCUGACAGAUUAUAAAACAAGUCACAGGGCGAAUAUUUUCAGUGCAAAAUUUUUACCAAACAGUGGCGAUCAUCGCAUUAUAUCAUGCAGUGGCGAUGGUAUUAUUCUUUAUACAGAUCUGAUGAGAAGGACGGAGACAUUUAAUAAUCAAUUUACAUGCCACAGCGGAACAACUUAUGAAAUUGCUACCAUACCCAAUGAACCGCACAGUUUCCUCAGUUGCGGGGAAGACGGAACUGUCAGAUGGUUCGAUCUCAGAGUCAAGGACAAAUGUAACGUCUCAAGAUGCAAAGAUGAUGUAUUGAUCUCGUGUCAAAGAGCCGUAACAGCUCUAUCCGUCAAUCCGCUUAUGCCCCAUCAACUGGCGAUCGGAUGUUCUGAUAGCACGGUGCGAACUUUUGACAGAAGAAUGCUUGGGACCCCAGCCACAGGAUGGACUGAUAAUGGUGGGUCAGUGAGACCACUGUGCAGCUUUACUGUCCCCGAAUUUGAAGGAAAUUCAUACAGAAUAACAUCGUUGAGUUAUAGUCCAGACGGACAAGAUGUUCUCGUCAGCUACAGCAGCGAUCACCUCUACUUAUUUAGUGUAAAGGAUCAAGGCAGUGUACAUUUGAAAAAAGACUCUGUCGUCGGUAAGGGCAAAGGGAAAAAACAUCCUCUCAGAUCCCCUCAGCCAGUAAGAAGAUUGAGACUCAGAGGUGAUUGGUCUGACACUGGGCCUGAUGCACGUCCUGAACGUGAAGGUGGUCGACGUGGUGGGACUGAAAUAGCUCAAGCUCGUCCUGUGCUGCAUACAUCAUUGAUGCAAAGAAUGACAGAUGUUCUCAGUCGCAUGUUAAAUGACCCGGCUACUCGAGCUGCGCUUAGCGGCGGUGGCGAGGAUAGUCUUGAAGGUGUUGGAGAUCAACAAGAGGAGAGUAAUCAAAAUGUAAGUGAUAAUGUUGAGAACAACAGUGAAGUUAAUAACGACAUAGCGAGCGAUGAAGUCGAAUCACCGGAAAGAAUAACGGAAACUGUCGUUACAGAGCCAAGAGGUAACAGUCAAGUAGAGAGUUCAAAUUUGAUUGACACCGAAGCUCCAACUACUGACAGCAUAAUGGUAGAUGCAAAUGCUGAAGAGUUCGAAAAUAAUUCAGGUGUUCCUGUUAUAUCACCAUCCGAGUUAGCUGUUCCUCCAUUGACUGAGAACAGAUCAAUUCUCACCAAAUCUGAUGAUGUUCCUAUGGAAACUGAUUCUAGUCACGCCGAUGUAUCCAAGGCUUCCAUCCAAUCACUAAAAUCACUCAGUAUAUCGAGAUUAGAUAAGGAGAAUAAAACCGACGGCGCGGUUCCCAGCACAAGUAUUGACGGUAAUAAAGAAGAUAGUAUGAUGGAAAAUCUGCAAGACAGAUUAACGACAAUGCGAGACGGAUUUCUUGAACGUCAUGGCAGUGAACCAGCUGUAAGUUUAACUUACUCUGACAGAAGUUCAACAGGUGCUACUAUUUCUCUAGGUGUGGGAGACGAAGUCACUCGUGACGCUUUUCAUCCAGGUCCAUCCAGUAGCCAAAACGCUAACAGCGCAAUAGAUGAUGCAGGGCCAAGCCGAAGUCGCAACAAACAACCUACUCAUAAUACAAAUGAAGAUUCCGACGAAGAUGUGUAUAACGACAGUGAUGAUGAGGACAUCAGUCCGAACAGGAGAACUGUGAAUCCAAUUGAAACAGAGAUGGAUGAGGCUAUAGCAAGUGCUCGUGGAUCGCAGGGUCAUGAAAUGUUUGAUGAGAGUUGUCUAACAGAAUUAAGAGUCAAACAAAAAUAUAUGGGUCAUCGUAAUGCGAGUUUCUUUAGGACCAUGAUUAAAGAAGCUAACUUUUGGGGUGACGAUUACGUCAUGUCUGGUAGUGACUGUGGGCAUGUCUUCAUUUGGGAAAGAAGUACAGCGAAUCUGUGUAUGCUUCUCGAAGCUGAUCAGCACGUAGUUAACUGCCUACAGCCGCACCCCUACCUACCAAUGUUAGCCACCUCGGGAAUUGAUUAUGACGUCAAAUUAUGGGCGCCAAUUAACGAGGAAACGAGUUUUGAUGACAAAUUUGCCGAAGAUCUCAAGAAACGUAAUGCCGUUAUGCUGGAAGAGACCAAAGAUACCAUCACAGUACCUGCAGUAUUUAUGAUCAGGAUGUUGGCAUGUCUCAACCAGAUACGCAGAGGGCGUGGACGUAACAGGAGGAGAAGUGGAGAUGAAACCGACGAACUGAGAGGUGGAUAGAAAACGAACAAUCCGCAAAAUGUUUUAACAUUCAAAGCUUGUAUUUUAGAUAGUACGUGAUCCAAUGACGGUUGGUAUGCAAGAGCUACGAAUGAUCGGAUACAUGUAAUAGAUAAUUUUAUCCAUAUCAGACUAUUUUUUUAAUUUCACCGUUUGGCUUGCAGACCGAUGAGCAUUAGUGUGUGGCGAAGGAAAAACAAAUUUUCCCAAGUGAUCCUUGGGAACUCGUACAUGUUUACCGUAAAAGUUUUUUCGCAUUGUCCCAUCUUGUGUAAAUCAAGUCACAGUGUUGUCACAUGAAAAAUGUUGACUUAUUUUUCAUACGUUAACUAUCAAUCAAUGGUUCUUAAUCCAUAAAAAAUGAUUACCCAUUUCAAACUUGUAUCACUUCAUCGGUACUUUGUAUGUUGCCAUCACCUCUAGUAUUUAUUAUCUACAAAACUGAGAAAGUCAAUCGGCUUUGAAGAUCGGUCAUGAAAAGUUGAACAAUUCUGUUCUUGAGAAGUUUUGCCAUAAUUUUUAUAAUUCUUCACUGCAGCUAUAAGUACAUGUAAUCAAACGAAUUUCUAAUCAUUAUAACUUUUUAUAACAUUGUACAGGAUACUCACGAGUUACGAGGUGACACUAUUAUUCAUGCUGACAUUAAUGAUAUUAUUACGAAUCUGAAUAAAUUCAUUGGCAUCGAGGUACGCAUUGAAAUUUUACGGAUAAUCGGAAGGGUGAAAAUUCCACUCAACUAUUAUGCACAGAAGUCUUGAAUAAUAUUUUAUCCUGAAGCUUUUAGUAUUAAAUAAAAGACGUUCUGAUUUUCAAGUGAAUUGGAGUGAUAUGAAGAGUAAUUAGAAGCUACUAAAUAAUUAUUAUGAUGAUAGCGAGAAUGAUAUUGAAUCAAAAACCAUUAUAGAACUGAACGUGCUUCGUUGAUCUGUACUACAUGGAAUUGAAUUUUAUUUGAUUUUUCUGUUUUUCAAUCUUCUACUUUUCUUUUGUGAGAAAUAUAUGUAUAUUGUACGUGUUUAUUUCUAAUAAUCUAAUGUAGAGACGAACCUUGCAUUUCUCCUCAGUUACUGUAUAAUAAUACACGUAGUACUAUAAUCUCUUCGGACUGUUUAAUUUUAAUUGUUAUACGAAAGUGAGAGAAGGAUAAAAAAAAAAAAAUAAUAAUAAUAAACAAAUAAAAAAUAUUAAAUAAGUAUUGA